AUGUUAAACGCGGCACAAGAAGGAGUAGAAACGAGUCUGUUGCAUCACCAAGGAUAUGGGCGAGUCUUCGUGAUGGCAAGGGUCAAAGUCCAUGUCAAUGCAGACAAGUUUGCCCCCAGCUGCCAGGGGUUUUGGGCAUUCUCUUCAAGUCGAAUGACAGCGUUGACGGCCCGAAGUCAAAAAGUAAGUUGGAUCGUGCUUUGGGGAAAAGGGCCGAAUAAUGGUUUUCGGACGUCUUCGGGGAUACCACAAUUUUGA